ACGUGUGUCUGUGUAUACGCGCACCCGCCCGCCCGCACGGCGUUGCCAGGAGACAGCGAUGGCGGCGGCCCAGGCCCCGGCCCAGGACUCGGCCCAGGACCUGGAGACGCUGCCGCUGCCGCAGCUCCGGGCCCUGCUGCGGGACGCUGGCCAUGCCAACGCCAUGCUCAGAAUCGAGACGGAAAUGUUUGAAAAAUGGUACCAUAAGAUGGAGCCGCAAAGCCUGUCUCUCCACCUGCUGUCGGACACGCGUGACUCCUCCCCGGAGGUGAUGCAGACACGUGGCAGGUACAAAUCCAAGUCGCGUGGUCCAACGGACCAUUUUGUAGGCCUGACAGUGGAGCAGAAAUGUGAGCUGGUGGAGUGGGAGCUGGAAGAGACGAAGGAUGAAAUUCAGAGGCUGAAGGAGGACUCUGAGCAGACCCUGCAGGACCUCGAGGCAGUCAUGGAAGAAGCAGAUAUUUGGUGGGCUGAUAUUAAGAAAGCCAUCAGUGACUUUGAAAAAGACAUCAUCAGUAUCAUCUCCCAGAAGAAAGGGAGUAUCGUAGCCUCUGAGAAGCUGCUGAGAUACAUGGAGGAGAAGAACCACCAGAGGGAUCUGAUGAAAGAAAAGUUGCGUUUGAAAAAUGAUUCACUCAAGAGUUACAAGAAAAAGCUGCAGCAACAGCUCAGGCAGAAAGAGCAGAUGGGAGAGACGCUCCGUGAGGUCCGUUUCGAGCAGCUGCAGAUUAGACACAUGCAGUACCAGGAGAAGAUUGAUGAGAAGAAUAAGGAGCUGCUGCAGCUAAAACUGACCUCAGGAAAGACUGUCCAGGUCCUCCACUUCUAUAAAAGGAAGCUGCAGAAUGCUAUGGAAACAUCGGUGUGCCUGAUGAAAGACAUCUCCCAGAGGAAGGAACUGCUGCAGAAAAUUGAAAGAGAAGCCAUUCUGGUGGAGGAGGAACGAGCCAAAGCUGAGAGCCUGAAUAAGAAGCUACGGAGGCAGCUCUCAGAUUACAGAGUUCCCCCUGUUCUGAGGUACGUGCAUGAGAAGAUGGCCGUUACUGACCUCAAACACAGUCUCAAGGCUUGGGAGAGGAAGGUGGCAAUCGCUGAGAUGUCCUUGCAAAGCUACCGCAGAGCAUGGAACCGAGUCAAGAUGACUAGUAACCAGUGCUAGACUGGUCUGACGCUGCAAGACAGGCAGUGGAAGCUGCAGGAAGAGCCCACCCUGUCGCGGAGUUUGCUGUCAAGUGGGUAAAUGUAACAUGCUGCCAGCUGCAAUGAGAUGAAACCAUUUGUGCAUGAAAUGAUAAAGAAACCCAUAGCUCUGU